GAGUCUCCGGGAGUCAUCGCCCCGGUGCCAGAAACUGAUCCCAGGGACCCCCGGGGGUUGACGGUUGACGGUCCCUACGCUUCUCUCUCUCUCUCUUUCUCCCUUUUCCUUUCUUUCUCUUUCUCUCUCUCUCUCUCUCUCUCUUCUUUCUCUCCCUGUUUCCGUCCGUCCUCCGCGCUGUCCUCGUCGAAUUGAUCGACUCGACGGACGGGGAAUAGCUCGCCCGGAGAAGCGCGAGAGCGGGGAAGAUCGUCGGACGCGGUUCCCGAGUCCCGCUGGCACCGCGGGACACGCGGGUGCAUCCGUGAAUACGACUCCGAGCUGCGUCGCGGCGCUCUCUCCUUCGGCGGCGAGAGUGAGUGCGCCGGACUGUUUUUUUAAUGAGAUGCCGAUCAUAUGGUCGCGCGACCGCGUACCCGUGCGAAUUGUGUAACGUUACACUUGUGAAUAGGGUGGCGACGGACGGCAUGGACGGUUCGCGAUUUAUUUGCAUCUUCGGUUCGGUCGGACGCGCGUGGUGGCCCGUUGCUCGGACGCUAGCUUCCCUAGCGUCGUCGCUGGUCGUCGCCGAUGAUCUGAAUCGUAUCGCUGUGUCCUCCCGUUAAUUACACAUUCGAACACUUUCUGAUCGCGGAUUUACGCAAGUACUCACGAUAAUCCACAAACAGGGUAGAAAAUGUCAGAACCGGAGGAAAGUCUGGCGGCGCCCGAUAGCACCACAAGGGAACAGCGGGUUGGCUUCUCUCAUGGAGAUGAUGUUCUUCAACACAGAGAUGGCAAAUAUUACCUUGGUACAGUUGUCGAGGUGGACUUGGCUAGGGAAAGAUGUCUUGUCAAAUUUCUGGACAACACAUCUUCCUGGUCGUCGUUUAAAGAGCUGACAAAAUUGGCUAUGCCAGACUCGGAUGUUAUGUGUGUUCUUUGUAAAAAAUCUCAGCCUAAGACUGACAAUGACAUUGUUGUUUGCGACAAAUGUGGCCGUGGCUAUCACCAAAUGUGUCAUCAGCCUGAAAUACCGAAACCAGAGCCGGGUAAAGAUAUUCACUGGAUAUGUAAAAGAUGCACAGAUAGCCAGCCACGUACGCGUGAAUCCUGCGAGCCAAAAAAUUCUAUGGUUAAGGCAAGCAUCAGAAAAGUUUGCAGCGGUAGGGACCAACCUCAACCACCACCGGAUGACAUGACAAAAUUGCCAUAUGAUCCUAAUAUGUUAAAUUGGGAUAAUCAUCACAGAGUGAACGCUGAACAAAUUUAUUGUUACUGUGGACUUAAUGGUGAAUGGUAUGCACAGAUGUUACAAUGCGGUCGGUGUAAACAAUGGUUUCAUGAAAAGUGCAUCAGGUGCUUAACUUAUCCCUUGUACAGUGGUGAUAGAUUUUAUGUAUUUGUUUGUUCAACGUGCAAUCAUGGGAAAGAAUUUGUUCGGCGUUUAGAAAUGAAGUGGGUAGAUCUGGUGCACCUGAUGUUGUACAAUCUGACUGUUUAUAACGCUAAAAAGUAUUACGACUUGGACACUGUUAUUAUACCUUACGCAAAUGACAACUGGAUGACUCUACAGCUUCCACCACGGAUUAGAGAUGUCAGUGUUGAAGUACGCAGAGAAACAAUAUUGACAGUAUUGAUGAGCAAUAGAAACAGGUUCAAGUGCGGUAAGGAAAUAAAAAAGCGCACUACAAUAUGGGGCCUCCGUGUCAGACUGCCGCCACCUUCUCCAUUUAUCAAUUUUCCAAUGUCCGGCGAGAUAGACGAUUCUGUGUUACGUAGAUGUUGGGCUGGUAAUAAAAGACUACAAUACCUUCCACCGCCAACAGAGUUAAUAUGUCCGGUGAGUUUGUCAGAAAGUACAAAACAAUUGAUCGCAUUAAAGCAAAAGGCAUCAGAUGACGUAGAAAUUCCUGUGAGUCCUACGCAUCUGGUCAUGCGAGGUACACUUUAUCAAAAUUCGGAAGCAGAGCAAAGUUCGUGUCCAAGUCCACCUCCAUUAACAGAAUCCAGUCAAUCAAUAGAAUCUUUAAGAAACAGAUAUUGCACCAUAGGCGGCGGUUUUGUAAAAAAAUCAUUCCCAUUUCCUAAGUUGAGUGUACACAGAAGACUUCGUCGUCUAUUAGCAUUAGGCAAUUCACGGAAAAGAAUGCUACGUAAACAGAAGAAAAGAGAGAAAGCGUGUGGAGAUAGUACUAAGGAAAUAUUAGAAGAACGAGAAGCGAGAUACAGAAAAGCAAGGAUAUUAUUGAAAAAUGCCAUUGCCAAGGUAAAGGAAAGGAAGAGCAAGCCACAAAGUUCGGAAGCAUCCGAUUUACCUCCAACACCGCCAACUUCCGUUUCCGGACCACCAACACCACCAGCUACAACAUCGGGUAUAUCCGAGCUGUCUGUACCUAGUUCCGUGGAUCUAAUGCAUCCUUUGCCACCUUCGACGCCUGCGGACACAAGUGGGGACGAAACCAGUUCAAGAGGCACUCUCGAUUCUUUUAUUCCACCACCCAAAGAUUUUCAAGGAAAGAAUAAUCCAUUCAGUGAUUUAGGCACACCUUGUAGCAUUACUCAACCAAUCUCGAGUACACCGUUAUCUUACAACCAGUGUCCCAUCACCCUACCUUUGCCACUGACGCCUGUGAUCUCGCAACCGCCGGUGGUACGUCCAGCCAAGAGGCAGUUAUCGGAAAAGGAUAUUAUCGUUGACAGAAACGGGCAAGUGAAACGUAGAAGGACACAUCGACGGGGACGUCCACCCAUUCAACAGCAAGCCCAGCAACAAUUUCAGCCUACCGCCAGCAAGACGGCGGCUAUUCUACCGGCUCGUAAUAAUGAAGUUAAAAGUGAAUUUGCCAGGAAUUUAAGAAGUUCAUUUAAUGGUGCUGCGAGCAGUGCAAAUAGUCAAAUUGGGAAUUGUGUGGAUUAUGCCUUAAAUGGUAGGAGACUGAGACAGCGGCAAAGUAAUGAUAAAUUACCUCCUCCCGAUCCGCAACCACAAAGAAAGAGCAGCAUGUCUUCAUCUCCAAAGUGUUCGCCUGUGAAGCAAAGUGCGCCUGACAUAUCUCUGGACGAUCUAAAAUCAUCGGUGAAUAUUUACUUCGGUGCAGCUAAUAGAAUAGCUGCCGGUGAAAAGUUUGUCAUCAAAGCGAAGAGGAUAGGGCCAAACGGUCAGACACAAUACCUCAUCGAAUGGGAGGGACUCAAUACUUAACGGUAAAUAAUCCGCUUACUACGAAUAUAUUGCAAUCGUAUACAAAUUUUAAGUUGAGAUCAAGCGUAAGAUGGCGAUCACCUAUAUCGGCAUCUUAUAAUCAAUUCUCUCAAGUUGCUUUUACAGCAAAAUGAUUGUGAUCGAUUAUUUUGCGUUACAUGCACUGCCACUUGUUACGUACAUUUCAUUAAAAUAUAUUUAUCGGCGUAGAAUAUGUGAAUGUUCUUGUAAACGUACGUUUCUCAUUUUAUUUGAAUCAACCUUGCGAAGGAUUUUUUUUACGCUCAAGACAUUACUUAUUGUUAGACAAUGAAUCACCGCCGCAUUUAAAAUAAAAUUGAUUUAUCGAAUAGUGUGUCAAAUUAUAUUAAUCAAUAAUUUCUUUUAUGUUCAUCUAUUUUUAAAUUACAAAAAAAAAGUAUACGAUCCAUAUUGAUUCUCGACGCGUACAUCUCACCGUUCACACACAUACAUCUACAUACAUAACGAAACGAGUACACACGCCGAAAUGCUUGCUUGAAAAAAAACGUUUGCAAGAACAGUCGGAUGUAUUGCUUAUCAACUGUAAAUAGUGUAGCAUAGUAGACUUACGGAAGUAUCGACGAUGUAAUUCACGCGAAAAAAAUUUCGUGUGAGUUACAUUCAUUUACAGAAAGAUUGGCCAAUCGUCUUCUCUAAGUAUCGAGGAUAAAUCACGAGUAUGAAUCAACCAAAAACGAAUUGAAGCAGAAAUUUGUUCCUCUUAUUUGUACUAACGUACUAGCGAUUGUUAGUUAGCAGUAAAGAGUAAAGCAAAACGAACAUCCUGCAAAGGUUAUUUUUCAAUACACUGGUAGAGAGAUAAUCGUCGCCUUCUGUAACUUCAUUGUCUUGGAUUACAUUUUAAUUACUCUUUCUGUCGAUAACAAUACGAUGCAAAUCAAAAAUUCUCAAGAAAGGAACUUGUCUUAAUUUUUACAAUUAUGAAUCAGUUUACACGUACAUGAUAUUGAAUACAUUAAAAGAAUGCAAUUGUACUUCUCAUACAGGUCAGACUUAAAUCAAUGUACGUACCUGAGACGAUGAAGGCACAGAUUUAGCAUUGCUCAUUAUUAUACAAGACUAAGAGAAAACGACACACCUGUUUCGUACCAUUUUAAAUUAAAAACGAACGGCGCACUGAAUAUGUAAGUAAUUGGCCAAGUUAUCUGUGCAAAAGUAAUAUCGUCGUGAAUAUGGACUACUCAAAACUGUGUUAUCAGGCACACAAUACGUGAGCUCAUUAUUGUGUAGUUAUGCACUGUAAAAACGAUCUUCAUGCAUUAAACUAGAAGCUAAAUUACUAUUGUACAUAAAAUAGGUUGAUAUCUAAACUGUCAUGUAACACAGUUAGAUAUGGUAGUCAGUAAAUGUAACAAUGUCGCAAAUUAUCUUACAAUAAUUUUUGAUACAGAUUAUUUUAUACAACUCUGGAUCCUGCUGGGAUUAUUACGUAAGAAGCAUUUUGUACCUCAAACUGCACAGAAUCUAUGGUCAUAACUUACUAAUCAGAAAAUAUAAAGCAACUAUAAGCGAUAUAAUAUAAACAUUGCAGUAGCCAUUACUAGAGUCUCAAAUCAAAAGAGCUUAUUAGAAAAGUGAAUUAAGCAUUUCGUUUUCGAUCUAUGAUGAAUUAUAGAAAUUCGCUCUUGCAAUGGAACUUUAUUUUAUAUUUUGCAAAUGCACAUGUUUAUUCACGACGUGUUGCUAAUGGGAAAUUAAUGUACAACGGAACGUAAUGUACAAAUCCUCAUUUCUUAUUCUUUUCAUCAAACGAAAAUUCUAUCAGAAACAAAAAUUUUGAUAGUUUUUUAUGCAUGAUCGUAAUAAUUUUUUAGAAGCGCAUUUGCAUUUUUUAAAUAUAAUUCAUUCUUAUCGAAUUUUGCUUAAAUUCAAUAAGUGAAUAUCAUCCUAGAUAAUUUCAUUUCGAGUUUUUCAUUAGAUUAAAAUGACGAAUUUAUGAUGAAAACUUAUGCUUGAACAUCAACAUUAUAAAAUAUAAGUAUUCAUCAUUGCUAUUUAUUUAAAUUUCUUAAAUGUAAUGCAAUGGCAAAUUUUGCAUUUUGGUUUCUUGGAAGAGGCUCAAGCAAUCUGAGGCCACUGUGGUAUGAAAUGAGAGAUCCUUUACAAAUUGUCUUUUUAUUAUAGUCGUAAGAUUUUAGCAAAAAUGAGUGUGUCAAAAAUUUUGAAUCUUCUUUCGUCAAUUUUCAGACAAAUAAUUUUUGUAAAACAUAUACAAUAGUAGAGCUUUUCGCAUGUUUCGGCUAUGGCGACUCACAUUUUAUAUAAAUAUUUCUCCCAUUUUUCGUAAUGCAUUAUUUAACAAUAUUUAGAAGAGGAUUAUUAAA